AUAUGUUGGUAGAGUGAUUUUACUGAGUGUUUUAACUUCACCCAAGUGUCUUCUCUACUGGUAAACGUAGGCUAUAUGAUAAAAGUCAACACCGAAAAAAUAACAAAAUGAACUCAAAACUGUUUAUUUCCGUGUUCAUGUUCAUAACUAUCGUAGGCGUUUCAAUCUCCGUGGCUAAAGGAGACGAUGCUGUAAAUGCCGAAAAUAAAGACGAUGACUCUCAUCUGGUCAACCGAGAAGAGAUUCAAAGAUAUAUGUCAAUGAUGGAGAAAAUCAACAUAGACCAAAUGCUGAACAACACUAGAUUGAUGUCGAACAACGUAAAAUGUUUUCUGAAUGAAGGACCGUGCACGGCUCAUCUCAGAGAAAUGAAAAAAAUGGUACCUAUGUUAGUCAAAGAUAGUUGCUCGUCAUGUACCAAAGAGCAAAAGAUUAUGAUGAAAAAAGCUAUGGAUGCGGUUAAAGCUCGUCGUCCCAAUGAUUACGAAAAACUUUCCAAAUUUUUCGAUCCAGAAGGAAAAUAUGAGAAGAAAUUCUUAGAAAACUUAAACGAAUCGAAAUAAUACUUUUUUUUUUCAAAUAAAAUUAUAUUUUAUAUUUUAUUAGAUGGUAUCCAGUUAAAUUUAACUGUCUGCAAUUACACCAAUUAAUGUGAUUUCUUUAUUUAAUGGAAUGCAAUUAUUAUUAUUAUAUUAGUAGUUAGAAAAUAAAGAAGCGAUUAUACAAAAAAAAUGUAUUUAGCUUCAUUUUAGAAAUUACAAAAAAUAUUGGUAUUAUAAUUAAAAUAAAAUAAAUUGAAAAUAAUUCUUA